AUGGCGCGGAAGUCGCCACGGCGGCGCGCCGUGGCCGGCCAUGGCGCUGGGGACCUGGAGCACCAGGUGCUGCAGGACACCCGCAACCGCACCAUCCGCGCCGUGUGCGGGCAGCGGGCCAUGCCCCGCAGCGUGUGGGACCUGACGCCUGGCCAGCGCAGGACCGUCCUCAAGCACCUGCUGGUCAGCGACAAGUACCGCUUCCUUUACUGCUACGUGCCCAAGGUGGCCUGCUCCAACUGGAAGCGCAUCCUCAAGGUGCUCGGCGGCGCCCUGGAGAGCGUCGACGUCAAGCUCAAGAUGGACCACAAGAGUGACCUGGUAUUCCUAGGUGACAUGAAGCCCGAUGAGAUACGCUACCGGCUGAAGAACUACUAUAAGUUCCUCUUUGUACGAAACCCCAUGGAGCGGCUCCUGUCGGCCUACCGGAAUAAAUUCGGAGAAAUCAAGGAGUAUCAGCUCAAGUACGGCGUGGAGAUAGUGAAGCGGUACCGGAAGAAUGGGGCGCAGUCCACAGGUGACGAUGUGACCUUCUCCGAGUUCCUGCGCUACCUGCUGGAUGAGGAGGUCGAGCGCAUGAACGAGCACUGGAUGCCCAUCUACAAUCUGUGCCAGCCCUGUGCCGUGCGCUACGAUUUCAUCGGCUCCUACGAGAGGCUAAAUGCGGACGCCAACUAUGUGCUGGAGCAAGUGCGGUCGCCCUCCUUCAUCCGCUUCCCAGAAAGACAGUCAUGGUACAAGCCCGUGACGACGGAGACACUACACUAUUACCUGUGCAAUACACAGCGCCGGCUCAUAAAAGACCUGCUGCCCAAAUACAUCCUGGAUUUCUCCUUGUUUGCCUACCCUCUUCCAAACAUAACCAGUGAGUUCUGCAGGCAGUGAGC